AUGGCGUCCAACACGUCGUUAUAUGGGUGCAUACUUGCAACUAUCUUGUUUUACUUCAGUUACAAAGCAGUGGCCGAACGGCGAAGAAGGGCUGGCAAAGUCUCAGUUACAAGCCUUCCCAUACUUGACCAGGGCAAAUGGUGGGACGUGUUCAACCUCAAGCCCAAGUUCAGCUUCUAUCUCGAUGGCAGAAAGGCUCUUGGGCGCGCAAUUGAGCAAGCCAAUGGCAAACCCUUCCGCAUCGUUGGUCCUGGAAGAACACUUACCGUCUUGCCUCCCCCCUACGCAGAGGAUAUCAGAAAUGACAAGAGACUGGACUUUGGGAAGGUCGUGGCCCAGUUUGUUUCUCAUGUAAUCCCCGGUUUCGAGGGUUUUGCAAGCGGUCUGAACGACCUGCCCGUCGUCUUGGAUAUGUGCAAAUACAAGUUGACAAGGGAGCUUGCGAGUGUUAUAGAGCCUCUGCCGGCUGAGUCCGAGAUGGCCAUUGAAGAUAUUUUACAGAUACCUCACAGCGACGAAUGGCAGAAAGUUCCAAUCAAGCAGCGUCUGAAUCUGCUUGUUGCUCGUGUCUCUGGGCGCGUUUUCCUCGGUGAAGAGCUGUGCCGUGACCCGGCGUGGCUCAGCAUUGCCGUCAGUCACAUCAUGACCGGCUUCCUGGCAGCUCUGAGUCUGAGAAUGUUUCCAGCAUUAAUGAGACCCUUUGUUCACUGGUUUCUGCCCCCUUGCCGCAAGCUUCGUUCCCAAGUGGAGCAGGCCCGAAGUCUGAUCCGCCCUGUCAUUGAGAAGCGAAAACAAGAGAAAGCGGCAGCCGUUGCGAACGGCGAGACUCCCACAGAGUACAACGACAGUAUCGAGUGGUCGGACACGUAUUCGAAUGGUCGCAAGUUUGAUCGCGCGGAUCUUCAGCUUGGCCUUUCCAUUGCCUCCGUGCACAACACGACCGAUCUUCUUUCGCAAGUGGUAUACGAUCUUGCCGGUGAUCCUGAGAUGGUCCAACGCCUGAGAGACGAAGCAAAGGAAGUGAUUGGGGAAUCAGGAUGGUCCAAGACGUCCCUCUACAAUUUGAAGCUACUUGACAGCGUCAUCAAGGAAAGCAUGAGAAUCAAGCCCAUUCUCACUGUCGCCAUGCCCCGCGAAGUCACCGAGGAGAUGACUCUUCCAGAUGGCGUGAUAUUGCCAGAAGGCACUGUCAUCGGCGUCUCAGCAGAGCGUCACUGGGACUCUGACAUCUACCCUGAGCCGCAUACCUUCAUCGGGGACCGCUUCUUGAAGAUGCGACAGACUCCCGGGAAGGAAAACGUUGCCCAGCUCGUAACGACCAGCAUUAACCACCUGGGGUUCGGACACGGCAAUCACGCGUGCCCGGGCAGGAUUCUCGCCGCGGCCGAGAUCAAAGUGAUCUUGACUCAGCUGAUCCUGGGGUACGAGUGGAGAGUGAUAAAGGGCCAAGAGCCAAAGAUUCGGGUGCUCGGCGUGAAUCUCGACUCAGACCCUUCAGCCAAAAUUGAGAUUCGGCGGUGUGCGGUGUAG